AUGCAGCUCCUACAGUCCUUUGUGUUUGCUCUGCUUUUUAGCUGCGAGGCGCGCUCUGCGCCCACACCAACUACGACUCGCUCGCAACUACAAGGCAGGUCCUUUAAAAUUGAGCGAGUCCGCCAAGGUGCCUCCGUCCUCGAUGGUGCCACUGCUCUGCAGAGAUCAUACAGGAAAUAUGGAAUUGCGGCGGUGGACUUAGGCAUUGAUGAUCUAUUGGAUAUCAAGCCCUUGAGCUCUGGUAACAGCCAAACCAACACAGACGAUGACCAAACCGGAGAGGUUAGCGCUGUGUCUGUCCAGGGAGACGCUCAGUUUGUCUCGCCAGUUACAAUUGGUGGACAGACGAUUGUCAUGAACUUUGAUACUGGCUCCGCAGACUUUUGGGUGAUGAACACACAGCUUCCAUCUGAUCAGACGAAAGGACACACCAUUUAUGACCCUUCGAAAUCAUCUACUUACAAAGAAAUGAAGGAUUACACUUUCAACAUCACCUACGGCGACUCCUCGUAUGCAUACGGCGGUGUGGGGCAAGACACAGUUGACAUCGGCGGCGCAACGGCCACGGGGCAAGCAGUCGGCUUACCAACCGAAGUCUCCAGCUACUUCGUAGGGGACACUUGCUCGAACGGCCUGGUGGGACUGGGCUUCUCGGUCCUCAACAUGGUCCAACCCGAGCCCCAAAAAACCUUCUUUGACAACGUCGCCGAUAACUUAGACGAGCCUCUUUUUACCGCCCUCCUUAAAAGUGACGGCCAAGGUGAAUACGAGUUUGGGACCAUCGACCCCAACAAAUAUUCGGGCCAGCUGAUCAACGUAACCGUUGAUCCGUCUGCUGGCUUCUGGCAAUUUGACUCCAAGUUCUUCUCGGUUGGAAACGGACCUCUGGAACAAGUCUCUACAGCACCUACAUCGAUUGUCGACUCUGGCACUUCGCUGAUGCUGAUGAGUCCCGAGGUUGCUGCCGCUUACUACGCUCAGGUUGAUCGUGCAGUGUAUGCCAACAGUGCUGGAGGAUGGAUUUACCCUUGCAGCUCGGAACUCCCAAACUUUUCGGUUGCGGUUGGGAACAGCUAUAUGGCCACGGUCCCGGGGUCGUUGAUUAACUUUGCGGGGGUGGGCCAGAAUAGCACAACAGGUGAAGACCUGUGCUAUGGUGGUAUCCAAUCGAACCAAGACACCUCAUUGCAGAUCCUUGGAGAUGUGUUUAUGAAGUCUAUGUUUGUUGUCUUUGAUAAGAGAGGGCCAUCCAUUUCAUUCGCGUCUCCUGUAUGGGAAUAG